AUAGUGGACAUUUGUUGAUUAGCAGCCAGCUAGCCAGAGUUACCAUUUGCUACCAAUUGGUAUGGGUGCCAUAGUGAUACUUUGGAUCGUAUGCAAUUGUUAAGCUCAUUUGCGUACACGUAACCAAACCGGUACAUCAAGAUUCCUCAGGUAAUUUGUCACUUGCCUACCGUGCUAUAAAGAACGGUCACUGGCGACUCUUCCAACUGGUUAGCACAGAGCACGUCUACACAACUCAGACCAAGGGUUGCAGCUUGCCGAAGCGACGCGUAUUCUAACCACCAUGCCGGUCCUGAAGCGGUCACUGAGCAUCAAUGAAGUGCCAGACGUCCAAAAGGAGCCGUAUGUUCUUACGGGAUACAGGCCCCCAUACCGGCCAUGGCGCUUUUACCUGAUGAGUAUCUUCUCCCAGCACAACGAAACCGUGAACGUCUGGACCCACCUUAUCCCGUGUUUCUAUGUGGUGUACCUGCUGAAAACAUACUCCGACGAGGUAAGCUUCGCAAAUGACGUUUCCUCAAUGCUGCUGCUUCUCCUCGGCAUCAGCAACUUCACCAUCCAGUUCCUGAGCGCAUGCGCCCAUCUCCUACACUCUCGCUCUGUAGCUGCGUAUUACGUCACCUUCAUUUUUGACUUUCUGGGAAUCGCCUUCUACGCUUUCAGCUGCGGGAUCGUGCUGUACUUCCUCAGCAGCGAGGCUUCGUUUUCCCACGCCGUGCAUCCGUGGUUUCCGUGGACAUGUGUCGUACUCAGUUGUUGUUACUUUGCAGCCAAUGCGUACUCGCACGUUAGGUACACCAGAUAUCAUUCGGAAAGGGCUAUGACUCAAGCAGUGUCCUUCACUAUAACGUAUCUGUGUAGCACGUCCCCAGUAAUACACCGCAUUUACUCGGACAUCUACAACGGACGCGUGGAUGGCGUCACAUGGAUGCAUAUAGUCCAUAUCCUGCUGGUCCCCAUAGGAGGUUUCUUCCACGUGUCAGAAAUGCCGCAAAGUUUUUUCCCCGGUUUUUGUGACGUCAUUGGUCACGGCCACCAGAUAUUCCAUGUGAUAAUGUCGACAUCGUUCAUGAUCCAGCUGGAGGCAUCGUUCACAGAUCUGCAGAACCGCCGCCAUCUUGAUUUGGUUCGAAUCCGUCCUACGAACUUGUCAAUCACAGCUUACCUUGUUGUGUUGUUUACUUCUUAUGGCUACAUCGCUGCCAUAUUUGUGCGAAAGGCUUUGUCCAAGGCAAAAAGUUAAACAAAACGUUUAACUUCUUGAUUGAUUGAGAUGGGCAUCUUUUUUGUUUGUUUUUAGGCAAUUUUUUGUUUGCCUGAUUUGGCAAAAUGGCAACUAUAGUCCUAUUGAAUUUCAGUGGAUAUUCAUCUACAUAGUUAUGAUACCGCAAGAUACGAAUAGAAAAUACAUAAGUAGAUCGCCCAAAUCUGAGUAUAACAGGAGGAGGUUUAAUACUGUGUUUGUCACAAACAUGUAUGUUUGAAUGCUACCAUCAUUAUUGAAUGUUAUCAGAAAUGCUUUCUUUUUAUGUAAUAUAACUCAUCGAAAGAAAUAUAUUCUCAAGGAGGCAAAAGUUAAUGAUUGCAGUCCUUCUAACUCGUGUACUAUAUUAUAUGAUUGAAUGAACAAUAGCUAGAUCUAAAUGCACACUGCCCUUUCUCACGUAAGAAAUUAGUGUGUACGUGGAUGGGAAAUGCCGGCCAUUAACUUGAAGUAGCAAUUAAUUCUUUUGCAAAUAAACACAAACCCAUGUACCCCUGUAAGACCAAGGUCACAUUUCCAAACCGGGGCCCGGUCGGGCUGUUUGUGGAAGCGAAAAAUAGAAAUGUAUACGCAAUUUGUGCACAGAU